GGAGCGGGGCAGGGCCGGCGCCUGCGCACUGGCCGCGGCGUCGGGGCGGGGGGCAGAUUUAUAUCCGCCGCGAUCAGCUGACGGCCUGCAUUGCAGCCUGCAGAGUCCAGCGGCGCCAUGUACUCUCUUGUGCUCCUGGCCAGCCUCCUGGGCGCAGCUCUGACUGGCCCUGUCCCAGACCUGCAAAAAUGUGCCGGGGGCUCAGCGGUGCUGUGCAGUAACUUGAAGACGGCGGUGGAGUGUGGGGCACUGAAGCAUUGCCAGCAGUUUGUCUGGAGCAAGCCCACCGCGAAAUCUCUUCCAUGCGACGUGUGCAAAGAGGUUGUCACCGAAGCUGGCAACCUACUGAAAAAGAAUGGCACUGAGGAAGAGAUCCUUCAUUACCUGGAGAAGACCUGUGACUGGCUUCGUAACCCCAACCUGUCAUCAUCCUGCAAGGAGGUGGUUGACUCUUAUCUGCCUGUCAUCCUGGACAUGAUCAAGGGGGAGAUGAGCAACCCCGGGGAGGUGUGCUCUGCACUCAACCUGUGCCAGUCUCUUCAGAAGCACCUGGCCGAACUGAACCACCAGAAGCAGCUUGAGACCAAUAAGAUCCCAGAGGUGGACAUGGCUAGUGUGGUGGCUCCCUUCAUGGCCAACAUCCCUCUCCUGCUCUAUCCUCAGCCGGCUCCCAAGGAUGGUUCCCAAAGUCAGCCCUGGCCCAAGGCAAGUGGAGAUGUCUGCCAAGACUGUGUGCAGAUGGUGACAGAUAUCCAGACCUCUGUGAAGACCAACUCCACCUUUGUCCAGAGCUUGGUGGAUCAUGCCAAGGAAGAGUGCGACCGCCUGGGGCCUGGCAUGGCCGACAUGUGUAAGAACUACAUCGACCAGUAUUCCGAAGUCGCCAUCCAGAUGAUGAUGCACAUGCAGGAUCAGGGUCGAUGGAUGGGUCUUGCUCUGGGCGUUGGCACUGUGAUGCAACCUAAGGAAAUUUGUGCUCUGGUUGGCUUCUGUGAUGAGGUCAAGGAAGUGCCUAUGAAGACCCUGAUCCCUGCCACUGUGGCCCUCAAGAACGUCCUCCCGGCCCUGGAAUUGAUGGACCCCUAUGAGAAGGAGCUGCUCCAGGCCCACAGUGUGGUUUUCUGCAAGGCGUGUCAGUACAUGAUGAAGAAAGUAUCUGAACUGCUUGCUAGCAAUGCCAGCGAGGAAAAAAUAAUUGAGGCUGUGGGCAGAGCAUGCUUACUACUGCCCGCCCCUGCUUCAACCACGUGCAAGGAGGUGGUAGACACAUACGGCCUUUACCUGCUGGACAUCCUUGUGAAGGAGUUGAGCCCUGAGCUGCUGUGUGGUGUGAUCCAGCUCUGUUCCACUGGCAGUGACCCAGUUGAGAAGCUUGAGCAGCCUGUGUUGCCCAUACAGCCUGUCCUGCCCAAACAGCCCAUGCUGCCUGCAACUCCACAGAAGGCUGGUGGGUUCUGUAAGGUGUGCAAGGAACUGGUCAGCUAUUUGGAGCAUAACCUGGAGAAAAACAGUACCAAGGAGGAGAUUCUGGCUGCACUCGAGAAGGGCUGUAGCUUCCUGCCAGCCUCCUACCAGAAGCAGUGUGAUGAAUUUAUGGCUCAGUAUGAGCCAGUGCUGCUGGAAAUCCUCCUGGAGAUGAUAGAUCCUUCCUUUGUGUGUUCAAAAAUUGGAGUCUGCCCCUCUGCCUCUAAGUUGCUGUUGGGAACGGAGAAGUGUGUCUGGGGUCCUAGCUACUGGUGUCAGAACAUGGAGACUGCAGCCCGUUGCAAUGCUGUGGACCAUUGCAAACGCCAUGUGUGGAAUUAGUUUUCCAGCUUACAGAAAUUGCAGCCUCCUUGCAGGUCUGGGGUAAUGAACACCACAGAUCUAUUCAACUUUGUUAUAAAUAGGAUCCCCCCGUUCUCUCAUCUCUCCCCCUUACUGUAGCAUUGCUGUCAUGUGGAAAGUGCUGACAGCUACUUCAGUGUCCCCUUUCUGCUUGAAGAAUGAGGGCAUCCUGGGCCUGGGCUGUCCAGCUGUCCUCAUACCCAUCUGUUGGAGGAGGAGGAAGGCAAUGAGCCAGGGGGCAGCAGGAACUUUUUCUGAGUCCUGUCAGGUGUUUGGUAAGCUGAGAGCUUCUGGGGCUGCCUUGUGUACUGAGAAGGGAGCUCCCUCCCUUCCUGUGGUACUAAGGAGUUUUGAUUAGAAGGACAGAAUAAUCAGAGCUUUAGAAUAAUAAAACUGCUCUUGUAAUAGUACAAAGGUGGUUUUGGAUGCUCCUGCUGGUGGCUUGGGACAUUGCUGUCCGUGGGUUCACCCUUCACCCCGUUUUUGUUUCCUCAUCUGUCUUGUUUUGGGUUCUGUGGGCUUGGGUGGGGAAGGGAAGCUUGUGACUGUAACCAGCCCGUGCUCUGUGGCGGUCUGGCCGUGUGUGUGUGCGCGCGUGCGUGCGUACUGUGUCUACCUGGCUUCUGGAUCCCUGCUUUGUGCCCUGCAUGCCCCAGCCAUACCGUUCUUGAUAACCAUCCCUCUCAAACCAGUUUGGACAACAGAGCUCCUUACUUUCUGUUGGCUUCCUUGGUCACCCCAAGUUUCUUUUCCACCCCCCAGUUGGCAGUACGCCUGUAAAGCCAGCAGGAUGCAUACAUGCUGUUAAAAUGGACCUAGAUUUUCAUUUGUUUUGCACUAAAAAGUUUGUGACAAUAAAAACAAAGUUCUGUUAACCAGA